GACUCUUUCACGAAUGUAUUGCAUUCCUUUAGGGAACUCCCAAACCUGCGACGCUCGAUGAAUUCUGUGGGGAGAGUAAUUUUUCUUUUUCUUUUUAUUGUCCUUAUAACACAAGAUUGUUUCUCAUCUAAGGGAGAAGAUAGGCUGUUUCGUCGUUUAUUCAGGAGGUAUAAUCAGUUCAUUCGCCCAGUGGAAAAUGUGUCUGACCCCGUCACCGUGGAGUUUGAGGUCUCCAUCUCACAGCUUGUUAAAGUGGAUGAAGUCAAUCAAAUCAUGGAGACCAAUCUAUGGCUGAGACAUAUAUGGAAUGACUACAAGCUGAAGUGGUCACCAGCAGAGUUUGAUGGAAUAGAGUUCAUCAGAGUCCCAUCAAAUAAAAUCUGGAGGCCAGACAUUGUACUUUACAACAAUGCUGUUGGGGACUUCUUGGUGGAGGACAAAACCAAAGCUCUUUUGAAAUAUGAUGGAACCAUCACUUGGGUCCCUCCUGCAAUCUUCAAAUCCUCCUGCCCUAUGGACAUCACUUACUUCCCCUUUGACUAUCAGAACUGCUCUAUGAAGUUUGGUUCCUGGACCUAUGACAAGGCCAAGAUUGACCUAGUUCUCAUUGGCUCAAAGGUCAACCUGAAAGACUUCUGGGAGAGUGGAGAAUGGGAGAUCAUUGAUGCACCCGGUUAUAAACAUGACAUCAAGUACAACUGCUGUGAGGAGAUCUACCCAGACAUAACCUACAGUUUCUACAUACGCCGACUGCCCCUCUUCUACACAAUCAACUUAAUCAUCCCCUGUCUCCUUAUCUCCUUCCUGACCAUACUCGUCUUCUAUCUUCCUUCAGACUGUGGCGAGAAAGUGACACUGUGCAUUUCUGUACUUCUCUCUCUCACUGUGUUCCUCCUUGUCAUUACAGAAACCAUUCCAUCCACCUCACUUGUGAUCCCUCUGAUUGGCGAGUACCUUCUCUUCACCAUGAUUUUCGUCACCCUUUCCAUUGUCAUUACAGUCUUUGUACUGAAUGUGCACUAUCGCACCCCUAUGACCCACACCAUGCCCUGCUGGGUUCGUACUGUCUUCCUUCAAGCUUUACCCCGUAUCAUGCUUAUGCGUCGGCCUCUCGACCUGUCGGAGUCCUCUGGAAAAGCAGGACUAGAGAGUGGGGGCUCAUCUGGGAGUGGAAAAGGAAGAGGAGGGGAGGGAAAGAAGAGGAAAAAUAGUGGAUCCCAGCAGGGAGCAAUGAACUCUUUGGAAUUUGGAGAGGGAAAAGCAGCAUUAGAAGGAAAGAAAGGGGGAUGCCCAUGUCACCCGAUGAAAGAGGCACCUGAGGGGGAUUGUGGGAAAGCCAGCCGUCAGUUGAGUCCGCAGGCCGUCAACACGGUUGUGGCUUUCUCGGUCUUGUCACCAGAGAUCAAACAGGCCAUUGAGAGUGUGAAGUACAUUGCUGAGAACAUGAGGAGCCGCAACAAAGCCAAAGAGGUGGAGGAUGAUUGGAAGUAUGUUGCUAUGGUGAUUGACCGCAUCUUCCUGUGGGUCUUUGUGCUGGUGUGUGUGCUUGGGACUUUGGGCCUCUUCCUACAACCUCUCAUUGGCUUCCUCUCAUAA